CCUCACUGUUGAUUUCUCUCUGUCAGAAUGUCCACCUCGAAUUCGGAAACUUACGAUAUUAUCUUCGCGGGGGGCGGGGCUGCAGCGUGCGUGGUUGCAGGCCGACUAGCGGAGGUGGAUCCGUCGCUCAAAAUUCUCAUCAUCGAAGCUGGGGCACAUACGCGCAGUCAAGAUCAGCAUGUACAGCCCGGGCGUUAUCUCGGAAACAUGGCUAAUCCAGCCCUGUUCAUGCACUAUCUGGCGAAGCCAAGCAAGGCUCUCGACGGACGGCAAGCAGCCGUGCAGACCGGUAAAUGCGUUGGCGGGGGAUCCUCCGUUAACUUCAUGAUGUACACCCGCGCUUCAGCAUCAGACUUUGAUGAUUGGGAGAAGGUUGGCAAUCCCGGUUGGGGAUCCAAGGAUUUGAUUCCAUUAGCGCGCAAGCUGGAGACCUAUGAGCCUAUUGCGUCUGAAGACCUUUCGACCCACGGCGACUCCGGCCCCAUUCACAUCUCCCGAGGAGGCCAUAAAACAGAUAUCGGGGAUCAAUUCCUUGAUAUUUCAAAGAACUACGAUAAGGAGCGCGGCUCCACCGAUGAUGUUAAUGACUUUUCGUCUUGCAACGCCUAUGGAAGAUGGCAGAAAUAUAUCGGCUCGAAGACCGGGAUGCGGUCUGAUGCCGCCCAUAAUUUCAUUUACAAUCAGGAGCACAACACCAACCUCAAAGUAUUAACAGGACAGCUGGUAAAACGUGUCCUUUUUGAAAACAAUCGUGCCAUCGGCGUUGAAUAUGUGGAUGACGUCGACCAGACCGCAAGUGCUAAGAAAAUCUUUGCCUCUCGUUUGGUUGUUCUCUCUGCUGGUGCAUUUGGUUCUCCUGCCAUCCUUGAAAGGUCUGGAAUCGGCGCAAAGCAUAUCUUGGAAAAGAAUGAUAUACCACUGGUAGUCGACCUUCCUGGUGUUGGAGAAAACUACAAUGAUCCUCAUCUCGUCCUGACUCCCUACAUUGCAAGCAGUGAUUCUGACUCUAUGAAGGCCAUGUUUGAAGGCAAGGAUAGCGAAUUUGAACCGUACUUCAGACGAUGGAAACAAGACGGGCGAGGACUCAUGGCUCAUAACGGUAUCGAUGCUGGCAUUAAGAUCAGGCCUGUGGACAAGGACCUGACCGAGCUUGGUCCGGAGUUCAAAAAGAGAUGGGAUUCGUUAUAUGUUCCUGCUCCAGACAAAGCUCUUCUAUGGUUAGGUCCUAUUGCUGGGUACAUGGGCCGCACCCCGGAUUUGCAAGAUAGAAAGCUGUUCACGAUGACUUGUAUCAGUUACUAUCCUAUUUCUUCUGGACGCACCCAUAUCACCUCUUACAGUCCGUAUUCCCCCGUAGACUUUGAAACUGGAUUCCUUGAAGAACACGCCGAUGUUCUCUCGUUGAGGUGGGCGUACAAACGUGGAAGAGAGCUCGCUCGCCGGAUGGGAGCAUAUCGGGGAGAACACAAGCCUGACCAUCCCUCUUUCUUGGAAAGCAGUUCGGCUGUAGUUGGCGACGCUUCCGGUCCCGUAGACAUUGACGCUCCUGAUAUCGUUUACUCCGUUGACGAUGAUAAGGCUAUCGAUGCAUAUCAUCGCGCGAAUGUGAACACAACUUGGCACUCUCUGGGUACAUGUGCUAUGAAACCUCUGCAGAAAAUGGGAGUGGUUGAUUCAAGAUUGAAUGUAUAUGGGAUACAGAAUUUGAAGGUGGCAGGUAAGUUUGGGGCCUUCGUUUGCUUGUCCGUUGCUCAUAUGCCACAUGAAGAUCUCAGUAUCGCCCCGUCAAAUGUCGGUGCUAACACAUACAAUACCACGAUGAUUAUCGCUGAGAAGGCCGCUAUCAUUAUUGCAGAGGAGCUUGGUAUAAAAGGUGUGGGUACUACGGUAAACACAAAGAUGGAUGUUUUUUUUUUGGUGUGAAGGCUUAAGACCUCAGAGAUAUCCUAAUACCUUGGGACUGAGUACUGAAGCUUUUUAAUAUGCGUAAAUCGUUUGACAACGCAAUUAUACAUAUUUCUUUUUACGGU